ACUGAAGAAUUCACGGCAAAAAUUUGCAGCUCAUUAUAUACACAAUAUUCAAACUCCGCCGGUCCCGACUCGCGUUUGCCGAUAUCGCCGUUGACGCGUCGUGAUCCUUCGGUCUUGGAGCCGCUUUGAAGCUUGUGGAGAGAUGUCAAGGUUGUCGAUGUUACCAAGACCAAGAGAAUCGGUAUUUGCAAGUGGAAUCGACUAUCGUGGUGAUAUCAAUGUCGUUUGUCCGCCAAACCUGCGCGAGUGCGUCCUUGCUAUGGAAGACUGCUGCGAAGAGGCGCAUGAAGCCCAACAGCUUCUUCGAAACGGGACAUUUGAUCUGCCCCGCAUGCGCAAGGUCCUUGAAAGCCAAAGGGUAUUCCUUCUCAUCGACGAGGGCACAGUACACAGAUAUAAAGCUGAUCUUGCAGAUGAGAUCGAGCCCCAGAUCAAUGAGCUUAUUGACCGUGCAGAGAAAGGUCUCAGCGCUCUAAAUCGUCGAGAGGGCUUGAUUCAGAGCAAGGUUGAGGUUGCACAGGCCAUGCAGUCUAGAGUCGCGACGGCACCCACCUCAAAUAAGCGCGAAGAAAGACGCCUGCAAAUGCUCGCAAAACAACGUCGGCGACUUGAAGAUGAAGUGAAAGUCUUGGAAUCAGAGAUACUAGCAUUGGUAUGUACACUCAUUCAAGAAAUAAGUCAUAUUGAACAGUACUUCUAGCAACAUACAAAGCCUAAGAGGACUUGAUUCGACUGUGCCAGUCUAGCAUCUUAUAGCUGCAACUCGACUCUCCGAUAAUGACAUCGUCCGCAUAGCUCCCAAUUUCCAAUCAAUCUAGCCCACUGUCCCUUUUUGGGACAGCUACACGAAGCCCUUCGUUCCGAUCGCGUCUGCAACACUUCUCGACCUCGGGUUCAGUCGCAUGGUAUCAACCCGGAUCGCCGCCAAGAAAGAUGGCGUGGUACACACACAUGUCCACAGGUCGUCUGCCACGCUGGUACGACAAAGAUGUAGAAUUUGAACAUGGGCAAAAGCAGGUUAUCGGGCGGAGGAAGCAUGACUUUCCUUUCAUGUUCUCCUCCUGUUGUAGGAAUACUUACGCAAGUUCUUUCCGCGUUUUAUUGACACCUUCAAAAUAUAUUAUGCCUCUGCACCGGACGUUCGACUACGGACUUCAGAAGGUCGGCUCUUUCGAGACUC